AUCACUUAGUUUAAGAUAAGACCAUCAAAACAUUAGUGGUUAAAUCUACAUCAUCUCUACUCCAUUAUCUAAUGCUGCCAUAAAUCACUUAAAUCGGUGACAUGAUCAAACAAUAAACUGGGAGCAAUUCGAUCCAGCGCUCAUCACAACCUUUUAGAGAUCCUUUGUGCGGUAAAGAGCCCUGACAUAACGUGUUAUCAAAUAAAAGAAAGGUGUGAAUUUUCACAGGCCGUCGUGAGGCCCCUCCUACUUAAGAUGGCGGUAUCCCCACCAUCUACUUAUCAACCAGUAGCGAGCCAGCAUCUCGUAUCGCUCGUACCUACAGCACCACCUAUUUUCAAAUUCAAUUAUCAGAUGCGACCAUCUCAGAUCUCCGGCUACGAAGAAUUAGUCGCACCAUCGGAUUUCGGACACAAUGUCUUUCAAUAAAUUGUAAAUGUGUACUUUAAUGACGACUGCAAUUUGUUAAUGCAAAUUGUACAAUAAUGGACGCUACCAACGAUAUAUCGAGCACGUGUGAAAAUGAUUCUUUAUCAAGAAACGACAAGUUUUGUGACUCAAAAAACCUCGGAAAAAACUACGAAUGUGAAUCAGAAUCAGAAUAUGACAGUGAAAAUGAAACUAUUGAUGUUAUUUGUGAAAACAGUGGUGAUUCAAAGUUUGUUGAAAGAAACAGUAAUAUUAACAAUCCGUAUCAUAUUUUAAAUAGGGAAUUUUUUGAAGCCAAAACUUUUCAGUGUCCGAAAAACUUUGUCAGUGCGCCGCACCGAAGUAGUGCUAAAGAUACAUUAAGUAGUGAAAUUAAUAAUAGAAGUAAAACAUUUCUAAUAGAUAGUAUCUUAGGUAAUAAUAAAAAUUGUAGCACAAAUAGUACCAAUACAACGAAUACAAACGAGGAAAGUGACAAUUUUGAAGAGUCCACGGAUGAACACAACGUGACGUCGUCGACGUGCCCUGAGUUGAGCGCGCUGACGGACGCAGGGCUGCUCGCUGGGCAUGCCUAUGCGCAGUGGCUGGCCUCGCACCAGCCUUCGUCUACAUUCUAUGAUGAUAAAAACAACAGAAGACCGCGGCGAGUGGGUCCAGAGCGCAAACCACGGCAAGCAUACAGCGCAAAGCAGCUCGAGAGAUUAGAAGCAGAAUUCAAGCUGGACAAAUACCUGAGCGUGUCGAAAAGAAUGGAACUUUCCAAAGCACUGGGUCUGACUGAGGUACAAAUAAAAACGUGGUUCCAAAAUCGGAGGACGAAAUGGAAGAAGCAACUGACGUCACGGCUGAAGAUAGCGCAGCGACAGGGCUUGUUUCCAGGGCAAAUCUUUGGACACGCGCCGCAAGCGUAUUCUCUUAUAAACCCGUACGGAUACCCACCUCUCAGUUGCGUAUUUACCCCGGUCACUUUGCCGUCUUCGCCUCCGUAGGUCUAUGGUAACAAGAUGUAGUACGUUAAUUAUUGGAGUACGAUCACAGUUAGAAGUCUAUUCUUAUAAUUUUUCAAAUUACCAAAAGGUAAGCUAAGUUUUCGGUUUACUCUUUAGUAGGUAUCAGUUUAACAAACAUAAUACUCCUUAUUUCUUUCUAAUCACGUAAUCUUGACGACUUCUAAGUGCAUCAACCAUAAUUUUAUAGUUUUUCAGGUUCAGGUUUUUAUAGGUUUCAGUAAUCUCAUGGAAAUAGGUCUUUAUUCAUAAAUUAUAAGAGAAAUCAAACUAGCCAGUAGAUAACAUA